GCUGCAAUGGAUGAAAGUGAGAGAAAGGGCGAGAAUGGAAUAGAAAUGGAAUAAACAAAAAAGUAAAAGCUAAAAUUAAAAUUAAAAUGCAAAAAUGAUGAAUCUAUCCACGAUGAUAGCGUAUGGAUACCGCCAUUGUACGCCACCAAUAAAGCAACUCUUAAACUACACUACCUUCCUUCAUCUUCAUCUUCACCAUCACCAUCACCAUCACCAUCUUCAAGGCCGCCCUCUUUCCUUUAACAGUCUUAAUCUCCCUAACCUCAAUCUCCUUCUCACGGGUAAUUGUCUCUUCUUCAGGAUGCAGCGCUUUUGGAUCGGAAAUGGGAUCAACAAGAACAAACAAAUGGUGGAGCAUUUGCAGCGUUACGGAGUGAUUUCGUCAAUGAAAGUAGCUGAAGUAAUGGAGACUAUCGAUAGGGCAUUAUUUGUACCGGAUGGGGCUUCGGCUUAUGCUGAUAGUCCAAUGGCAAUAGGUUACAAUGCCACCAUUUCAGCACCGCAUAUGCAUGCUACCUGCCUUCAAUUAUUGGAGCAAAAUUUGCAGCCCGGCAUGCACGCUUUAGAUGUUGGCUCAGGAACUGGAUACUUGACUGCUUGUUUUGCGAUAAUGGUUGGACCACAGGGUCGGGCUGUUGGUGUUGAACAUAUUCCUGAAUUGGUUGCUUCUUCUAUAAAAAACAUAGAAAAAAGCGCUGCAGCUCCACUGUUGAAAGAAGGUUCUCUCUCGGUGCAUGCUGGCGAUGGAAGGCAAGGGUGGCCAGAAUGUGCACCCUAUGAUGCUAUACAUGUCGGGGCAGCAGCACCGGAAAUACCACAGGCUCUCCUUGAUCAAUUAAAGCCAGGUGGCCGAAUGGUGAUUCCCGUAGGAAACAUGUUCCAAGACUUGAAAGUAGUGGACAAGAAUAUGGACGGUUCAAUUAGCAUUCGAAGUGAGACUUCUGUCCGGUAUGUUCCUUUAACCAGUCGUGAUGCUCAGUUGAGAGGUUACUGAGAUUGGAAACAUAACAAUUACUUUAGCUUGUUUGAAAGUCCAGUUGUGAAAGCCGAUUAUUCUUGAACCCAGUACUGUACAGAAUAUCCUAGUUAUUUAUCGCAUUUUCCUCCUUUUGUAAAUGCAAUAGCUUUUUUUCCUGUUUCAA